CAGAGGGUUUCUCUACUAUCGCAAUAAAUCCGCAGAAAUUUCUGUGAUUGAAUCCUCGUAAACUGGAGUGUUUCUGAAAUUUCUCUCGAAACAGGUGAUUUUGUUCUCUGUAGAGCACUUGUGAUAUCGAUAAUACAGUUGGUGCCCUGAAAUUUUGCCAAAAUAAUGUGUUCCAACUUCUAAGCAAUAUGUGGACUUUAUUAUUGUUCUGAACAGUCUUCCGAACUUGUGUUAAAUUGUUUGUUGAAAAGUUUUGAUUGCUGAACGAGUUGAUUGAGGGUGACGUUUAUUGAAAAAAAAAAACAGUGGGGAAUAUUGAGUUUUGUCAUUUGUAAUUGGCAAAUGACCAGGAUCUAACGUUACGGAAGUUUCAGGCGAGAAAAUACGUCUUAAUUUUAAUUUUUAUAAACACUGAAAGCAAGACACAUGAAGACAUGGACGAAGACAUAAUAGAGGAGAUUGAAAUCAUUGAGGAAGUGCAAGAUGAAAGCAUGACAUUCGACGACUCAUUUGACUCGAAGGCUGUGAUAUCCUCGUGGGCAGAAAAACUGCAUGAAGGUACUCUAUCAAAAGCCCACUUUGAGGAGUUCUGGAAGCAAUGGGUGUCAAAAAUAAUAAGCCCAUCAGUGUACGAAACCCACUUAUCAUGGAGCUACAGUGAUGAGGCCAUACAGAAAGUGUUGAUAAGCCCCCUGGAGGAGUUUAUUUUCGAUGGAGUGCCUUCAGAGGUUCUGAGCAAGCUGUUGAACGCGGAGAAGGCUCAAAGUGUGUGUGGGAGGGUUUUCAAGAUGGGGGAGCCCACAUACAGUUGCCGGGAGUGUGGUAUGGAUGGCACUUGCGUUCUUUGCGUGGAUUGUUUCAAGAAUUCCGCGCAUCGUUACCAUAAGUACCGCAUGGGGCAGUCCGGGGGCGGGGGGUGUUGCGACUGCGGGGACACUGAGGCGUGGAAAAAGGACCCUUUCUGCCAGAAACACUCGGUCGAUCAGGACGAGGAGGAUCGUUUGCCGGGGGACGUUUUGGGCAGAACCAGGGCGGUGUUCGACGCGGUUUUGUGGUACGCCUUCCGACUGCUCAACACGGAUUUGAUAUCCGACAUCCGUCUCGGCAGCAGCAGCGAGGAUUUUUAUUCCAUCGACAAUUACUGCACCAUACUGUACAACGACGAAGUGCACACUUUCGAGCAGGUCAUCACAACGCUCACGAGAGUUUUGAAGUGCACGCAACGCGUAGCCAUAGAGUAUGUUACGAACAUCGACAGAGAGGGCAGGAGCAUCGUGAAAUGCGCCAGCUUUCAAAACUGUUGCGAUUUGAAGGACGAAAUCGAGAAGUACACUUCUCGCCACGGCAGCAAACCCUUGAAGGUCUUGGUGAAUCACACCCACAUAAUCGGCAGGCAAAUGUUCGCCUUGAAGGUGUUAACUUGGCUGCAGACGUUCCUGGGGCACGGUAAAGAGUUCCGAGCCGUGUUCGCCGAGGUCAUAUUGAAACCGCAACCGAAUGAGCCCUGCCUUCUCAAAGGCAUCCUCGAACGGGACGCCGUGCUCUGGAAAAACGCUCGCUCGCACUGGCAUCGCUUGCUGAUAUCCGGAAUGCUGCUAGAGUACGAGAACAAAAAAGCCUUCGCGAAAAUUUUCACGAAAAACUACGGGCAAGUCGUGAAGGACUUCAUCAAGGACGACCACGACCACGCUUUCAGCAUUUCCUCGAUGUCCGUGCAACUUUUCACCGUGCCCACUUUAGCUCACCACCUGAUCGAACACGAGGACGUUUUUUACAUCCUCAUGAACACGCUUAUGUCCGAGUGCGGCAGAAAGUGCAACAAAAACGGGAAAUUGGAGUUCGAGAGGGCGCCACACGUCCCCAACCCCAGUUUUAAGCGAGCUCUCUACACCCUAUUCGAUCUACGAUACCUGUUGAGUUCCAUCCCGGAAGUGUGGACUGACGAGUUGAAGAAGAGGUUUCUACAUGGUCUGAGCAUGCUACUAAACUUAUUGGCCAUGAUGCAAGGUAUGGACGCAGCGACGCGUCAAGUGGGCCAACACAUGGAAUACGAGCCCGAGUGGGAAACGGGCUUUAACUUGCACAUAAAGUUGUCGCACUGCAUAUCGCUGGUGCUGCAGUGGUGCGCCACCGACGAAGUGGUGCUCGUAAAAGCGUACCGGGCUACCCUAAAAAAGCUGGAGGAAAGUCCGUGCUACGACCCGAACGAAGCCGGAAAAGUGCGAGAACUGGCCGAUCACGGCACUGCCUGUUUACAUUACGACGUGGCAACAAAACCCGUGUCGAUACACCUACCCCUGUCGAGGUUCCUGGCCGGGCUGUACGUGUACAUCGAGAAGUUCAAUUUGCACACCAAGGUCGAGUUUCAAGUGCCCAAACCCAGCCCGGUGCAGAUCAUAGAGCCGGUACUGCGCGCGCAGGUCAUGAUCGCGCAGGUGCACGCCGGCAUGUGGAGGAGGAACGGUUACGCUCUACUGAACACCUUAUUUUUCUACCACAACGUGAGAUGUCGCACCGAAAUGCUGGAUCGCGACAUAAACCUCCUGCAAGUGGGCGCUUCUCUCAUAGAGAGCAACGAGUUCCUGAUCCACGUCUUGAACAAGUGCAACCUGAUCAACUGGGCCAUGCCGAACUUCGAGGAGAAAAGCCUUAAGGCCCCCGAAGAGGACAGCGUGCGUCAAACCAUCAAUCUAGUCGAAGAAAUGCUGCACCUGCUGAUAAUAAUAAUCGGCGAACGAUUUGUUCCGGGUAUAGCCGACGUCACCGUCGAGGAGAGAAUCAAGAAAGAGUUGAUACAACAUCUGUGCAUACGCCCUUUGCCGCAUUCGGAGCUUAUUAAGUCGAUACCGGAGGAUUUGUGCCACGAUACCGCUCCGGACGAGUUGAUGCAGCAAGUCGCCACUUUUAAGAAGUCCGGGACCGGAAGUGGCACCUACGAGUUGAAGCCCGACUAUUUCGAGCAGUACAACAUAUUUUUCUAUCACUAUACAAGGGAAGAGCUGUCAAAAUCCGAAGAGUCGCAGCGUACGCGACGCAAAGCGGCCGGCCAAUUGGAAUGCUGCCCCCCGCCCAAACUCCUCAAAUUACGCCCGCCCUUCAUUAUGUUGGCCAACCUGCUGCAGUGCGACGUCAUGUUGUACUUGAUGGAAACCGUCUUGAAGCGUUGCAUCGACUUGCGGGCGCGAAGCUUCUCGGAGAGUCAGCUGCACAAGGUGCUGCACCUGAUAGGAUACGCGUUGCACGAGGAGCAGAGCCAGCACUACGAGUACUUCAGAUUCGUGGAAAACUCGCACAAGUUCAAGAUUUUCGCUUUGCUGGAGGAGCUGCUUAACUGCAGGAGAGUGGACGCGCACAAAGACCUGCUCAAGUGGACGAUCAACAAGUUCAAGGAGGUCGCGAAGCUUUCCACGAGCGAAGACAGCGCAGCCGGCAAGUCCACCGAUGGUCUUCCCGUAGCUGCAGCUGAUGGGGAGAAGGAAAGGCGCGCCAAGCUUGCAGCCGAAAGAAGGGCGAAGUUGAUGGCGCAGAUGACGGCUGCGCAGAACAAUUUCAUGAAGGAAAACGCCAAAUUGUUCAAGGAGAACAACAUGGAAGCCGCCAGCAGUAAUGCUACCAGCGCUACUUGCAUCGAUCCGGCGAUGGAGGUGUCGGAAUGCGACAAAAAACCGGUGGCUUUGGGGCCUUCGCAGUCGAGUCGGGCGGCUUCCGAUCUAAGCCACACGUGCAUUUUAUGCCAGGAGGAGGCCAAGGUGCGCCCGGACGGGCCCACGCUGGUUUUGGCCGCGUUCGUGCAGCAGGCCACGGUGCUGUGUCAGCACAAAAACAACGACUACCUGAUGGACGUGACCAAGCACGACCCGCUUUUCCUGCACGCUAAUCUGGGCCCCGCGCCGCACACCAGCACGUGCGGGCACGUGAUGCACGGCGACUGCUGGCGCAAGUACUUCGAGAAUAUAAUGCUGCGCGAGAAUCGCCGCCACAGAUUGCGCCACGCGAGCCACGCCAGCUUCGACGUGGAGAAGCAGGAGUUUCUCUGCCCGCUGUGCGAGUGUUUGAGUAAUACUAUAUUACCGCUGGUGCCGGCGUUGAGCGUCGUGCAACCCGACGUUAUUAAGAGUAGAGUGCCGUUCGAGACGUACAUAAGCGGGAUUAAAGCGGUGUUGAAGCGGAAAAAUAAGAUUUGCCACGGGAUUUUCAAGUGCAAUGUUUCGGAGGAGUGUAAGAAUAUUCACUGCGAGGCUUGCCACAACGCCACUAACGGCACGAGUUUAGAACCCGAUGUGUCGCCGGAGUGCGAGGCGAAUUGCACCUUUCAGCCGUACCAAGUGUAUUUAUCUUGCCCGGUCGAUAGUUUCGAUUCUAAUUCGGACGCCUUGCCGAAGGAUUUCGUGCAGUUGUUCGCCAAUACAGCCGUGUUGGAGCUCGAUACAGACAUACAGGAGAUGAUUCGGUUAUUCACGCAGGCCACUUACACCAAAGGCUUGAACGUGCACCCGCAUCCCUCGGACAGUCGUUUGGCCCCGAUGGCCUGGAAAUCGCUCGCGUAUACUAUUCAUUCGGUGGAAGUGCUUUUAAGGGAUUCCCAGAAACCGCUGCUGGGCCAUUUGUCGAGCAGGCAGCGGGAUUGCUUGGAGAACUUGGUGCGGCUCGUGGGGGUUUUGGGCGGCACCCUGCCGCCCAAAGGCGUCGUAAUCAGCAGUCAUUGCUUGGUGCUUCUUUCGAUUCUUUUCGAGCACGGCAACGAAGGCCCCUCGAUUCUCCAGUGGGAUUCCUUGGGGUUUUUGGUGUCUCUCACCUAUUCUUUGCCGAGCUUGUCCAGCAAGCAGCUACCGACGCCGUCGCCGACGGGGGGUACGCUGGAAAUGCACACGUUGCGGUUGAUUUUCGCGAGCCACAUCGUCAAAAUUUUGAUCUUGUUGGACUUGGAGUUGCUGGACGAUUCGAUGGACACCGACGAGUCGGAAGUUGACGGCGAUUAUACGGGGUUGAACGAGGUUCUACUGCUGAUGAAUAAAACCCCGGAGAAUCUCUCGCUCGCCUCUAUAUGGAACCAAGUGCAGUACGCUUGUUUGCCGUUCUUGCGUUGUUGCGUCCUUUUCUACCAUUAUUUAACGGACGUUGCUCCCCCGCGGGAGCUUACAGAACAAAACGGCGCCACCUUCGCGCACAUGUGCGAUUAUCUGGCGUUACCGCAGCAAACGUGGGAGAUUUUCUCGUCGCACGAAGUGAUGAGUUUGGCGGCGAAGUGGUGCCACCACGAGGAGGUGCAGCUGUACCUCAGCGGCACCCCUCUGCAGGUGGUGCACGAGCCGCUCCCCAUCAACAGAUUAAUCGAACUCCCGCCGGAUUACAGCGAGCUAAUCAACAUGGUCUCCUCGUUCGUGUGCCCGAACAGCGAGGAGGAUUCGCGAAACCCCACGAUGUGCUUGGUUUGCGGGGAGUUGCUCUGCUCGCAGAGCUACUGCUGCCAGACGGAGGUGCAGAAGACCAACGUGGGCGCGUGCAACUACCACGCGCACAAAUGCGGCGCCGGCGUCGGCAUCUUCCUCAGGGUCCGCGAGUGCGAGAUACUGUUCCUCGCGUCCCCUCUGAGAGGCUGUUUAGUCUCGUCGCCGUAUUUGGACGACUACGGCGAGACCGAUCAAGGAUUACGCCGAGGCAAUCCGUUGAGGCUCUGCCACGAGCGCUACCAGAAGCUGCAGACCCUGUGGCUGAAGCACAGCAUCCACGAGGAGAUUGCGAGGGCCAUCGAGAGCAGCAAUCACCCCGUCUCGAUGCAGUGGGCCCUCCUCUAGGAUUCCUUAUCGUGAUUGCCCGCCACUAACACGGCUUGUAUAGUUUAUUUUUAUUUUUAACGAGUGUUAAUAAGUGUAAUGCGCGACAUAACACGCAAAUUAUUCUGAACUGUGAUGAAUUGAGGAUUUCGGCGGAACGUUCAGCCUUUUUAACAAAAAAAAAAGUAUUUUACUGGAAGAUUUUAUUUUAUGUAUUUUAUAUAAUAUAGUUUUUAAAUUGAAAACCAAACAGGGCUAUUUAUUGCAUUAAUUAAUUGGUAAACGGUAUACUAGAAACAAGGACAUCAAAUUUUACACUGUACCUAUACCGCAAACCGUGGCUAGUUAUACAGGGCGUUUCAAAAAUAUGCGCCAGAUUCCACAUCAAAAACAAAAAGUUAAAAUAAACGAUUUUGUUCAAAUUUGGCAACGUUAUAUAUAAGCAUGUUGCCAACCUCUUAUCGGUAGAUUCCUUGGAAAUUUUCGGUAGAUGAUGAUAAAAUUUCGCUAGAUUUAAAUUUAUGUGUAAUUUUUAGUAAAAAAACACAGGUAAUAGAAAAAUAUAUAUUAAAAAUAAAAACAAUAACAUAAUAAUUUUAACAUAAAUUGAAUAUUUAUUAAGAGAAAUGUAACAAAAAAUGAUAAAAUUGUAAAAAGUACAACACAAAAAAAAUUAAUAAUAAACAUAAAUCAAGAGAACAAACGCCGUUAAAUUUUGCAGGAAGUUGAAUUUUCUGUACUUUACCAAUCAUCGGAAGACGAAAUAAACACUGGUGGCGCCAUCUCUACGUUUAUUAUCUAAAAACCGAUCCAACCUCACUUUCUCCCAAUUAAAUUAUUUUUUUAUGCUAUUUUUUGGAAACGUAGAAAAAGUAUAGUCUGAAACACAUUUGGAAUUGCAUAUUUCGCUCUCGUGAAACCGUCAAACUCGGCUUGUGUGACAAAUUUUUCACUCGAGGGUAAUAUGCCGUAUUCCAAACUUGUUACAGAUUAUACUAUUAUCGUUAAGUGAAGAAGUAUUAAUCAAUGCCAGAAUUGUAUAAUGGAAAUCUGCGAUACAAAUGAUGUCGGUAAAAAAAGGUUUUACCACAAAAAUAGAAAUCUGCAAUACCGUCUUAGUAUGCCUUUUGUACAAAUGAUGUCGGUAAAAAAAUUUUUAAUCACAUACUUAUUAGUUAUUUUCGCGGAGCUAAUCCCGAACUAAUUCCGGACAUCCUAGACAUGCGCUUUUUAAAAUUUGGGGUUCAAAAUGUAAAGUGCGCAUGACAAAUAUUAAAAUGCGCAUGCCUAGGAUGUCCGAACUAGUUCGGGAUUAGCACCGCAAAAACACCUAUUAUCUAAGUAUAAUAUUUUUAUGCAAUUUAAUCUAAAAAAGUUAUUUUUUUGGAUUAUUGCAAGAUUUUGAUUUUCGGUAGAAUAUUGAUGUCUAUCGGUAGAUCGGCAGAAUUUUUCAGAAAUCGGUAGAUCUACCGAAAAUUCGGUAGGGUUGGCAACACUAUAUACGUCAAAAAAUAAUACAAGGUUUGUUUAACUGAAAAAGGUGCAAAACAUUUUCAUGCAUAAUAUGGUUUUUAUUUUCCAGUCGAAAACCAGCAAAAAUACGAAACAACUCAAGGGACAAAAGUUGUAUUUUUAGCGUCUUAAUCAUAAAAAAAAAUGCCACUGGACAAUUCUAAUCCAAGCAAAAUUAGCUUCUAUCAGCAUAAACAACGUUGCCAAAUGUCAAAAAAAUCUGGCAAACAAGCAUUUCCGGACUUACGUUUAUGUGAACUUUUUGCUUGACGAAUCUACAUUGGCGCAUGUUUUUUGAACACCCGUGUAUUAUAUUUUUUUGAGAUUUUACCUUUUAGACUUUUUUCUUUGUAUCUAGAAUUUUUGUAAAUACUUGAACACAAUUUUUGAGCAUGGCAUCACACGUAAAACUUGUCUCUCUCAGAAAGACCAAUCAGUUCAACUAGAGCUACUCUUAUGUAUACCAACAUUUUUUUUAGUAGAAAAUGUGAAGAUAUUUCUGUUAUAUUGUAUUAAAAAUUGUAAUUUACUGUAAUUUACUGUAUUGAAAAAUCAAAUUAAUAUUUAUUCCAACAGGAUAAACCAACUGUUAAAUUAUACAUGUACAAAUAUAAUAAUGGCAGUU